AUGACAACGGCAUAUCAUCCGCAGGCGGACGGCUUGGCCGAGCGGCGCAAUCAAACAGUGGAAACAGCGUUGCGACUGGCCUAUAUUGAGGACCCCAACCUUGACUGGAAGACCCUUAUUCCUUCGCUGCAGUGGCAUCUAAACACAGCCUACAACACCAGCACGAAGACCUCAGCCCAUGAACUAAUGUACGGUUUCCCCCUGAAAGGGCCCCUGGAGGCUGUUGAUCGCACAGCCAGCGCAGAGGCAGACGAAUUGCCCUACAUCAAGGAAGCCUUGCGUAAGCAGGCCAGCCUAGCUAUGGACCUUGCAGCGAUGAAGGCCAAGCGUUGGUACGAUGCCAAACACCGACCUAUCCAUCUCAAGGCUGGAGACAAGGUAUAUCUCAAGCUUCAUCAGGGAUAUCACCAGCCAGGCAGGCCACCCAAGAAGUGGUCACAACAGCGGGAAGGCCCCUUUGUGAUCAGAAGGAUGGUUGGAGACCUGGCCUGUGAAUUGGACCUUCCAGAGCAAAUUAAGGUCCACCCAGUGAUCUCAAUACACCACCUCAAGCCAGCUCACGAAGGCUGCUUUGAAGAAGCUCACCCCGGACCAGUAGAAGUCACAAAGGACUUUACGGACCAGGAAGGCGAAUUCUACGAAGUUGACAAGCUUCUGGACGUACGGGUCAGGAAGAUUGGAAGAAACAGGAAGCCCGUCACGGAGUACUUGGUCCACUGGAAAGGAUGGGGCAGCAUGCAUGAUCAGUGGGUCAGGAAGGAAGAGAUAUCGUCAAAGGCCCUGGAUGAGUUCCACGGGCAGACGACGGGACCGCGAGUGGUUCGCAACAGCAAAGCAAAGGGACGAUCGGAAAGUUCUGACAUGUAG